ACAGUGAGACGACACUUUAAUCCCGCGCUCACAGUGCGAUGAAUGCGUGAGACGAGCAUCUGAAGACUUUCCUCAUUGAUGUCGAGCUCCACUUCCCCUCUCACAGUUUGAAGUUGGAGAAGGAAAUGGGUUUGACUAAACUCCAGAGAGGGGAGAGGAGGAGGAGGAGGAGGAGGAGGAGGGGGAGAGAGCUCGGCAAAGUAAGCCGCGGAAUAAAGACAAAGAACUUAAUUUGAAGUCAUUCUUGCUCUAUAUUAGAGGCGUGAUGUGCUUGUUUAGUGCAAAGCAUGACCAAAAAAAAAGAAGUUAUGAGGUAGAUGGAGAGGUGGAGGAAGGGGACGUUGCCUAUAUGGAGAAAAAGAGACUGCUCUUAUGAUGAGUCGAGGCACGUAUCUCCGCUCAGCCGUGUCUUUCUGGGCUUCGGGCUCGCAGCUGCGGCGGCGGGUAUUGAAUUCAGAUGCGGCCUGCAUGUCUCCCCGCCCUGGCCGCUACAGGUGGAAAUGCUCUUAUCAAUACGAACUGUCCGAGCCUGACUGCGAGCCGAUCCGUCUCAUUGAUGAUUUUAGGUGCCCCUGCCCUCCCCGAGGAGCCCAUUGAUUAAUGUCUGGGUCACAGUGGUAUUUCCAUAUUGAUGGCUCGAUUGAUGACGGCGCUCCAGGAACAAACCGUAUUGACCUGCCAGAAAGUGAUACGCUUCAAACUGUUCGGCGGAUGUAUUUAUGCAUAAUGAGGGAUACAUAGCCUAAUGUGGCGGAGGCACCUCUAAAUACUGGAAGCCUGUGUUCUACUGGCAAAUGUACUUAAAGGCUAUAUCCUGAGAAAAACAUAUCACUAUUCCCACAAAAACGACAACCUGUUAUACUUGCACUUAAACCACUACUAAUUUAGAUAUUGUUACUGUGAAUACUUGGGUAAAUUAUAGUGUGACUUUGUACUUUAUAGUAGGCUAUUUUUACCCUUAUUAAACUAUAAGAUUCAACUUUAUUGAUCAUCAGGAGGGAAACUAAGAAACAGCAAAUAAACAAAUCAGUGAGGCACAAAUAAGUAAUGGCAAAUCGAAGUUAGAAAGCUAUAGUCUAUAAGUAGAGUAAAUAAAUGAUGUAUUUUCUAUGUGCAAUGUUUGUAAUUCAUGUUGAUUAAUGUAAACUCCUUGUCCUUAGGGACAGUUCUGAACCUGGGAGCCAAGAGCCCUGAUGUGUCACCAGAUCAAUUUGAGGUUUAGUUAGACGAUCAUCAAGGUAGGAAUCAUAAUUAUUUUUUGCUAAAUACUAUACGUUUAUUUAUUUCUAAGAACAUUUAUCUGAGCUGGGAGACAAACGUUUCAACUUGAAAGACAUCUGUAACAUCUGACGAGAUGCUGCGGUACUAAAAGAGAUUUAGAGUUGCUUUAUGCUGCUAAAUUUGGGGAACAACUUUAUAUUAUUUAUUAAAUAUAUUUUUAGUAACCAAAUCCUUAUGGAAAAACUUCUAAACUUAUGACAUCUUAUUAGGUUGCAUGUGCAGAAAAAAUUACCUGUUAAUCACUACUUUGGUAUAUUAGUUUUCAAAGCAACAUGAGACCGUUACCAUGUUUAAAAAAAAACAAAAGUCAAAUUAUCUGUGCCGAGCUUGCAGGUGCAUUUUUCUUCUAAAUUAUUUAGCGGGGACACAUUAUCUCAACUAUCUGCCGAAAUAAUGAUUCAGUAUGAUGGACAUACUGUCGUGUACAAGGGCUUAAUAAGUGCUGCUAAUUUGCAUUCAACCUAAUGUCACCUUUUUAGCUGUGUAUGCAAUGGAUAUUUUCCAACUAUUUUAAAGUUGUUUUGUGUGGUGAUUACAUGGUUUUGUCAGGCCCCUUACUGCUGUGUGUUCAUAUUGCUGUAUUAUUUCAAGGCUAUAUUUUAAAAGUGGCUAGUUUUUCUUCAUAGGGUCAAGUGCAAACACUGCAUAAUGCAGAACAACUCCACAGAGAGCCCAGAGUUGUGAACCCAAUUUUGCAGACACCUUAAUUUAAAGGACAGGCAGACAACAACAUGAUUCUGUGGGACUUGUUCUGCUUGUUGUGGAGAUUACUUUGGAGGCAGAGGGCAUUGUGUGGAGAAGAUAGUCAGUUUGAAAAAAUAUAGCCUUGAGCAGAACUGAUCCCAUUUUACGCUUUUAGGGUCAGUGGUCAAAACGGGUGUUCGGCCUCCAGGUCUCCAUGACAUGGACCGGGGGCUUACAAUGUAUAUCUGGUGAUUACAUCUCCUGAAGUGGAAAAAAUGCAAAUAAUAAAUGUAUGAGCAACGUGCUUGUUUUUUUGCUUGAUUAAUUAUGCCGUUUAAUUCCAGAUCCACCACGCCGCUCCACCGUAUAAUUUCCCAGUGGUCUUGGCUGUUUCUUCUCUCUCAUGCGCUCUCUCCCUUUUUCCUCAUUGCAAAAUGAAUCAUGGAUCCAACCGUCUGUACCCGGGGGAGAGUGGCGAGCUGGCGAACGGGCUGACCAAUCAUGAGCAUCAGAGGCAGACACACUGACGGAGGGAGCCUUUUGUUGUGCGCUGCACUCAUCAAGUUAGAACACAACUACCCAUUUGGCCUGUAGACAAUUAAAAGAUGGAGACUUAUCCAAUCAGACUGGCCAGUGUGUGUUUAUCUGAGUGGGUGGCAGAGUCUCAUCACCAUUCAAAAUGUCGACUGGGACCAUGACCGCUCCUCUAUUCCCAGCCUGGCCAACCCUCUCUCAGCCUCCUGACAGUUCCAGGUCUGAGUCCAUCACAUCCUCAACCAAUCAGAGCCUUCGUUAACAGCGGCGUUGGCGCGUGAUUGGGAGAAGGAUGGCAACCAUGCCGUUUGUCAGUGAGGGGAAGUGUGUGAGUGUGGAGUGGGAUUUCCUACAAGGACUACUGGCCAAGCCUCCCACCCUUCCCUGUCUCCAGAACUUGCGUAAAGAGAAGUCCCGCAAUGCGGCUCGUUCGCGGCGGGGGAAAGAGAAUUUUGAGUUCUUCGAGCUGGCCAAGAUGCUGCCUCUGCCCGGGGCCAUCACCAGCCAGCUGGACAAGGCCUCAGUCAUCCGGCUGACCAUCAGCUACCUGCACAUGCGCACCUUUGCCAGCCAGGGAGACCCGCCCUGGAGCCCUCUGAUGGAGGGAGACAUAAACUGCAGUAAAGUAAGACGAUCAUCUCAUUCUCUGGCUACGGACAUGUUUGAGCAGCACCUAGGGGCGCACCUCCUGCAGUCUCUGGAUGGCUUUGUGUUCGUGGUCAGUCAGGAGGGACGUUUCCUCUACAUCUCAGAGACCGUUUCUAUCUACCUGGGACUCUCACAGGUGGAGCUGACCGGCAGCAGUGUGUUUGACUACAUACAUCCGGCGGACCACGUCGAGAUGGCUGAGCGUCUGGGAAUCAGGCCGCAUCUGAGGGCCGAGGCCGGCUGCCACACAGGCCCCGAGAGUGCUUCCAGCUCCGCAUCCACAUCCUCCUUAGCUGGUACCCCUGAACCCGCUCCGUCUAGUCCUCAUUCCCCUGCUGACGAACCUCCUGACCGUGGCUACUUCAUCCGCAUGAAGUCUACGCUCACUAAAAGAGGGCUGCACGUCAAGUCUUCUGGAUACAAGGUAAUCCAUGUGACGGGACGAAUCCGUUACCGCCCUGCACUUGUGCCUGGCUCUGGACGCUCAGUGCGUCGACCGAUUGGUUUGGUUGCACUGGCACACACACUCCCCCCCUCCACGCUUAAUGAAGUCCGCAUGGAGAGUCAAAUGUUUGUCUUCCGAGUGAACAUGGACCUUCAGGUCACAUAUUGUGAGAACAGGAUCUCAGAGUAUAUGGAUCUGACCCCAGCAGAGGUGGUGGGACACACCUGUUAUCACUUCAUCCAUGUAGAAGACUUGGAAAACCUCCGUCAGAGCCAUGAAGACUUGCUGAGGAAAGGCCAGGUGGUGACCGGUUAUUACCGUUGGCUCCAGAGGAGAGGAGGUUACCUGUGGAUCCAGUCCAGUGCCACCGUCUCCAUCAACCACAAAGCCCCGCAUGAACGCAACGUCAUCUGGGUCAACUACGUCAUAAGCCGAACAGAGUUUACCGACACUCCCAUGGAUAUUCUGCAGCUACCAGAGAACGUAAGAGCAGAGCGGCUUCGUGUUAGCUCGUCCCCCACCGACAGCUCCCCACAGGCCCGAGGCUCGCAGCCAGCGAAGACCUCAGUGGGGAAGAGUGACCCCGACACUAAAGGCAGAGAGAAAUUCACCGCAGCUGCCAUCCAAUCAGAGGACAGGAGGAAGCGCCUGCUGAGGUCCGAGCCCGAGGGCCCUCCUCCCGAAACCCGCCGCAGAAUGGAGGAGCUCCGUCAUGCAGAGGAGAGCGUAUCGGCCUCCUCUGACAUGGCCAGCGAAAGUGAGGGGGAGGAGGAGGAAGAGACAGAGUGGGACCAUGGGGGAGACAAUGAUAGAUUGAAACAGGAAGACGGCGGAGGAGUUAAACAGAGUAGGGGAGGAGACGCCCCCUCUAGAGGGGAGAGGGGGAGCAGGGUGCACAACGGCCGGGCUGUGAUCCAGCAACUGAAGAGUGUAGUGACCCCGUCUUCCCUGCCCGGCAACCCCGGCAUCAAGACUGAACACGAAGCCCUGACCACCGGGGGGCGCUGGGGGUCACACACACACACUACCCAGCCGCAACCAUCACAUGCACACACACCAUCCAGCAGCCUCAACGGUGACAGCCCCACCACCCCGAUCCCCGACUCUUCAUCCAGCAGCGAGGCCCCCCCAAAAGGAUUGUUCACACCCCCAUCCCCGGCACUUUCCCCUGCCAUGUCCGUGUCCUCCCCACUGCCUCGCGAGGACAGGAUUUUGUCUGGGGUGGUCAGUCGCAGCAGUGUAGGUGCAGGAGGCGCUCCUGACUUUGAGCUGCUCCAGAGACUGGCUGCAGGAGGUGCAGCAGGGAGGGUCCUCUUCCACCCCCUCGCCCUCAGCCCACAGGGUCCUCAGAGCCUCUAUGCCCCCAGCACUAUCCGCUACGCUCCACCUGAGCUGCCCCCCUCCCACCACCACGGCGGAGGACACAGCGAUGGCCUGCAGCUACGCUCGGACCACCACAAGGGACCCCCGACAGCCUUCUUCCCCCACCUACAGCGGUUGGCCGGCUUGCCACCCUUCAGUGGUUUCUCCCCGUCUGACAGCCCUUUCUCCUCCGGCCUGCCCUUCUGUAUGAACGGACUGAGGGGGGCCGCAGGCUCCGAGGAGGACUGAGACUUAGAAGGGAGGAGGUGAAAGGGGAAGAUAAAAAUGAAGGAUGGAGCAGAGUGACAGACCAGAAAGAGAGAUGUUGAAAAGGGCAGGAGAGACAGAAGUGGCAGGACAUUAAGCCUCUAAGGACGUUACUAAUUGGACAAUGAGUUGAAUAACUGCGAUAUAAAAUAUGUGACAAGUCGCUUCCAUAGGGAAUUAUUGGACAAGUGACAGUGAGUCUCGGAGAAAACACGACAUGGAAACUUUUGACUAGUUGUCCCUGAAGACCUUCCGUCUCUACAACAAUAAUGAACUCUGCUCUGUGUCUUUCUCUAGAUGACUCUGUUAAUUUCUGUGUCUCUUCCUCUCAGAGAAGCCAUAUUGUACAUAGAGACAAAACCAUAAAGACCCUCAGCUCACAUAAUCAUCACUGUCACUACAAUUAACACAAUUAACCCUAAAGCCAGUAGAAAGAGAUAGACACGGGUCUGUACGAAUGAAAGCAACUUUGGAAUAUACAUUUUUAUUAUUGCAGUAUUAUACUAAUCAUCUGUUAUGCUGAGAUACAGGUGAGGUUUGAUUAUUGGGUUUCUUUUAAAAUAGGCAAAGAAAGCCCUCUGGUGUUUUUGUAUUGAGAUUUAAAAUGAUAAUGAUAAUAAAAUCUCAAGUAUUCAUCAUUCAGCCAUACUUAAAGCACACUGUUGGGGUAAAAUAUGAAUAAAGUAGUCCCAGACAUUCCAUUAUAUAUAAGGGAAGAAAAUGCAAUGCAGACAGGACGUUAUUUCUGUUGUUUGUUUAUAGGCUAUUUGUUUAACUGAGUAUUAAUUAUAGUAUAUUAUGUAUGAUGAUGCGGUUGUGUUUGUGUAUGAAGCCAUAUUCUUGUUUUCAUUUUUUUUUAAAGUUUAUAUUGAUUUUUGUUUUUUUUGGAAGGAUGGUGUGGAAAUUGUGUCUAGACAGACAAAAUAACAUAGUUUAAUUGGAUGUACAAUGUCAUCCAAAUACCUUUUGUAUUAUUCUCUAAAAAAUAUAUUUCUGAAAAUGUUUUUGGGAGGGAAAAUGGUGCUGGACACAAGUGUUUAUUAUCAUUUAAACCUCUGUUUUUUUAUAAGCACUUACUGAAAUUUGUUCUGGUGUGAACUCAAAGCACUUCAUCACUUAACACUCACUGUGUGAUCCUGUUAAAACAGACAACAAUGCAAGAGUGGUCACUCAUGUCAUAGCCUGACUGCACUCUGGUAGAGAUAGUGAAGAUAAUGGUCAUUUAAAAGAGGCGCAAAGAUAAACAGACCUGUGGUCAUUAAAAGACGACCGUUAGAGGUCAAUAAAAAUCACCUGAAUUAUACUGAUGUUGGUUUUAUUUUAAUUCAGUCAACUUGAGGUAAAGUUUUAAAUUAAAAAGUGGAAAUAUAAAACACUUUAAAUUUCACUUUGACACUUAUUGACUGGAAUUCUCAGGACUGAAAAACCCAAACAAAUCGUAAACAGCUUUUAUAUGAAAAAGGUCCUUUUUUCAGUCACACACAAUUUAGAGCUGUCUAAAGAAUACUUUAAAAAAAAGUAUAAAACCUUUAUUCCAAACGUAAUAUUUCACAUCUGAAAAUGUUAGUCUUUAAAAAAAAUGUUGGUUAUAAUACAGCCAGCUGCAUUAUUGAAGAAUAGUGACAAUAAAACAAGCAGAGCUAAAAAAAAAAUACUGGAAGUAAAUAUCAGAUUGCUCUCUAGCACUUUGGAAUGAAGUCAUUUUUACGGAUCUACCAAGUGAUGAAAAUGCACCUAAACUUCUAUCAUUGUUGAAAACCGAGUCUUCAAAAAUGAUGCCAUAAAGACACUGUAUGUCAUUUGUUUUUUUUCCAAAAUUGAGAUUACGGUCGACUGUCUGAUCUGAGCGCUCAGUUUAUAUGGAAAUAUCUUGUGAUCUGAUGUCGGUCAAAAAAGAGAAGAAAAAAUAUUUCUAGUCGUUCAGAUCCGACAUGCACUACACACCCAUACUGUAGCUGUCUCAUGUAAAUAUGUGUGAGCGCACACAUUCUCGGGUGUUCAAUGAUAUAAUGUGUAUGUAUGACUGCGUGUGUGUGCGUUUGCUUGUACAAGUGUGUUGGGUUUUUUUUCUGUCUCUUUUUUUUGCUGAGAUAAAUAGCUAACCCCUUGCCCAUCACUGUGAAUCUAACAUUAUUCCCCAUCUUUGUGAAUACUCCACUCACUCAUCAAAUAAAAUGAACAAAUGUAAAAAGAAAAACAGUGAUACAGAUGACGAUAACAAUAAAAUAUUCCAGUAGAGGAGCACAACUCAA